AGAAAAGCCUGUAACCAUGUCUCACAUGGCCUCUCACUCGAUCUUUUCAUGUUGAGCAAGAAAGAAAGAAAGAACCAAAGCUCUAUACUGAUUCUUCCUGAACCAAGGUCUUGAGUUAUUUGGGGCCUCUCUAGUCUCCAUUAUUACUCUGGUAGAGUAGACAAAGAACUUGCAGCCGCCUUCUAUACCUGACAGUUUGCUUCCACCAUUGCUAUAAGUGUACACAUGAUGUCUUGUCACGACAGACAACAAUCCUUUUAAAGCAAAAACCAUAAGAUACUCAACGCAUGCGCUGCGACAACAACAGACAAACUCAUUAUUAUUACCAUUAUACCCUCCUCCACCACUAUAUAUAAACCCCACUAACCCACUCCUUGUUGACCACUAACUCAUAUCAUAUCUGAAAUUUUUUUCAGUGCAAGAAAACAAAAUUCUUGAAUAUGCAGUACCAGUAUCAGUACCAGCACCAGCAGCAGGCUGCAGAGUCGUCGUCAUGGGGUUACUAUGUGCCGGCGGUGAGAGGUAUGAUAGGUUCAGACCCAUUGGAGAGAGUGGUGAGGCUGGCCUCUGAAAGUGCGGUGGUGAUAUUUAGUAUCAGUAGCUGCUGCAUGUGCCAUGCGGUGAAAAGUUUAUUCUGUGGGAUGGGUGUGAACCCUACUGUGUAUGAGCUAGACCAGGAUCCAACAGGGAAGGAGAUUGAGAGAGCAUUGAUGAGGCUACUUGGGAAUUAUUCAAGUCCAGUUCCUGUUGUUUUCAUUGGUGGGAAGCUAAUUGGUGCUAUGGAUAGAGUUAUGGCUUCCCAUAUCAAUGGAACCCUCGUCCCUCUUCUCAAGGAAGCUGGAGCUCUCUGGCUUUGAUCCCCUCUCUCUCUCUCUCUCUCUCUCUCUUCUGACAUUGCAGAAAGAGGAAUUUAGUCAUGGUAUAUCUAACCCUUAAUUUCUUUCUUUUUCCCCCCCUUGUUUUUUCUUUUUGGAAAAGAAAACCGAUAUUAAUUAUCAAAUGCAGGAUACUGAUUAGCAUUGAGAGAGCUGAGGUUAAUUAUGAAGCUUUUAACUUCUGUAAUGGAUGUUUCAUCAACUUAUAUAAUUGAUCUCUGCCGCUUUGUAUA